UCAACUUCUGUAUCUGUAUCUUUUUCGUUUUCGAAUCGACCGCUCACAAGUUUUUCCACGCCGCUAAAGAAAUGUUGCUCUGUCGCUGAAAUCGACGUAAAUGUGAAAGAAAAUCGUGUAAACCGCGUUAAAAAAUAGCAGUGCGUGAAUUAAAAAACAAUGUGUUGUUUCUAAAAUCAUUUUAAACGAGAUUUUCGUGGUUAAGACAAUGUUUUCGAUGGUUUUUUGGUGCUAACGACGCAUGCCCUCUCUCUUUCGCUCUCGCGGCAUUUCUGUCUCUCUCCCCCUUGAUUUCCGAUUCGCUUUUGUGCUGGUCGUUCGUUCGAAGUUGUUUACGAAUUGCUGUGUGAUAAAAGUGCAAAAAAAACUUGCGAAAAGUACACAAAAACCAAUGGAAUCCGCAAUUAAAUGCAGGGAAACCACAAAAAAUAUAAUGAAAACAAGCCGGAAAAUGUGGUUGCUUUCUCUGUUGACGCUGGCAGCGCUGCAACUGCACUCGGGCAGCGAAGUCGCGGCACAUUUGAAUGUUUUCCUAAAUCCCGUUGAAGUAAUGCGUUUACUAGGUGUUUCUGCUGAAGUUUACUACGUUCGCGAAGGUCACAUAAAUAAUUAUGCCUUGAAUUUUAUUGUUCCGGUUCCGGCGAAUGUGAAGGACAUUAGCUUCACCUGGCAAUCGCUGGCCGGGCGUGGCCUUCCCUACAGCAUCAACGUGGUCAGCUCCAACCAGGAAGUGCUGCCCCGACCGGCAAUCAAUGUGUCACACAGCGGAGAGAUCCCCACCAGCAUUCAGACGUGGUCCAUUGCCCUCAAGUGCAGUGGCCUGAAGGCGGCGGAGGUGGAUGUGACUGUCAGCCUGGAAGUGGUGCUAAAUCGAUCGCUCAACAAUGUGACUCACCUGGUGUUUCGGCGGAAGAAGAUCUGCCUUGAGAGCGAUAGUGUCGAGGAUCUGAGGGAGGAUGUGGAUGAUCCCCAGCUGCUGGAGACCGUGAUGCUGCCCCCCACCGGAUUAAUCACCUUGGUUGUGGGUGUUUCCGUGGCCAUGGGUUCAGUUUGUCUGCUUUUGAUGAUUGCUUACUGCGUGAAGGGAGCAGCCAACAAAAGACAGCAUCAUCAGCAUGGAGGACAGCCCAUGAGGACAUCGAGUUUCCAGAGACUAAACACCCAUCCGCCUUGCCAAUCCUCCAUGGGAUCUGCGGCUUACAUGACUCCUUCGAUUAUUGCUCCGAUUCAUGGCUCCUCGUUGCCUCGCAAAGUUCCCGUUUCCGUGGAGCAACAGCAUCCGGAGGAACUGCAUCGCCGUAUUUCCGAACUGACUGUAGAACGCUGCCGAGUGCGACUUUCGAGUCUUCUGCAGGAGGGAACCUUUGGCAGGGUUUACCGCGGCACCUACAACGACAACCAGGAUGUUCUGGUUAAAACAGUGGCCCAACAUGCCAGUCAAAUGCAGGUGCUUCUGCUUCUCCAGGAGGGAAUGCUUCUCUACGGUGCCUCUCAUCCCGGAAUUCUCUCGGUUCUUGGCGUUUCCAUCGAAGAUCACACCACGCCCUUUGUUUUAUAUCCCGCUCUGAAUAAUACUCGCAAUCUGAAGCUAUUUCUGCUGGAUCCAGCUUGUGCUCGCACAGUGACCACCAUUCAAAUUGUGAUGAUGGCCUCGCAGCUUUCCAUGGCUUUGGAUCAUCUGCAUAGUCAUGGUGUGGUGCACAAGGAUAUUGCCACGAGGAAUUGUGUGAUUGACGAUCAGUUAAGGGUGAAACUCUCAGAUAGUUCCCUUUCGCGGGACCUCUUCCCCUCGGACUACAACUGCCUGGGGGACAGCGAGAACAGGCCUGUGAAGUGGAUGUCCUUGGAGGCACUGCAGCACAAGCAGUUCUCCGAGGCCAGCGAUUCGUGGGCCUUCGGUGUUCUCAUGUGGGAGCUGUGUACUUCGGCCAAGCAACCCUAUGCCGAGGUGGACCCCUUCGAGAUGGAACACUAUCUCAAGGAUGGCUAUCGGCUGGCCCAACCCUUCAACUGCCCCGACGAACUGUUUACGAUUAUGGCCUAUUGUUGGGCUCUUUUACCUGGCGAACGGCCGACCUUUGCCCAGCUGCAGUCCUGUCUCUCGGAAUUCUAUUCACAAAUCACGCGCUAUGUCUAGGACAUCGGGAUCAUCAAGGUCGUCCAAAAAAAAGGGGGAAUCAGCUCUUUUGAAGAACCCCGGAGAUUCAACCCUAGUUAAAUAAAGUCCUGUAGCUACUCUCCUUUGUUAUAACGAGAUUUGCCAAAUCGAAUGUAUAGCUUAGACUUCGCACCACAUCUGUACAUAUAGUUACCAUAUUGAACUCCUUAAGUACUUAUCUUUAAGCUUACUCUACGAUUUACUUGACUCUUACCACCUAGAUGAAAUAGUUCAGUUUGCACAGCUCUCCUUUAAAGCCCAUCAAAACUAUUAUAGAUAAAACGCCGAAAGCCGAAAUCAAAUAUAGUGAUAUUUAUCAUUAGCGUUAGUUAAGCUCUUAAGAUAACACAUACAUAUUUAUGAUGCAUAUAAUACAUGUUGUAUGUUUAGCAUUUUUGAACAUUUACCGUUUAUAUGAGAGAUUAAAAAAUGAUAUACAAAUAUAUACACAUAUACAUACAUAUAUGCCAAAACAAUUCCAGAAA